UAUAAAGGAAUAGUCCAGCUGUUCUCAUCUCUCUCUGGAGCCCUCCUGGGAUCAGUGACCCUGUUAGGAGUCGCUGUUAGUCCUCACCUUCAGUUCCUCACUUCAAGUGAAGGAAGGGGAGGAGCUAAAGGAGAAGAGAACGAUCAGCAUUUGAUUAUUGAUUUUGGUGCAUGUAGCUCCGGUCGUAGCUCAAUCCUUCCACUUUAUAUUGUGAAUCAUGGAGAGACAGCAGUCCCGAUUAGACUUACUCUAGCAACAUCCACUCAGUACUGGUAUUGCUAUUCAAUGGCUGUCAUUAGUGAUUCAAUGGCUUUAGAUUCUUCACACAAUAGCUCCAUUGGUUACAGUAGUGCACUCCCAGUCAGUAGCAGUGUUACUAAUUCAACUACACUGAGACUAACUUUACCAAAGAAACAAGGACAAGAAGUUGAAUCAACUGUGACUACAGUAAUGCUGCAAUUCAUUCCUCCUUCAAGAUCUGUCAAUUAUAGUGGCCCCAUUGAGAAUUGUAGCUCACAAAUUGAUGUCUACAUUGAUGGUCCACUGAUAGGAGGGAGCUCCAUUAAAUUGGAGAGUAUUCCAGUCCAAGCAAGAGUCGGUGUUGCCAAACUCUACCUACCUCGAUCAAUGCAGGAAUUGACUUUUUCCUGUCCCAUUGGCAGUGCUCAUAGUCAGAGUGUUCCUCUGAAGAAUGGAGGCACUCUAGCCAUGAGACUCAGAGGAGAAAUUAUAGGAAGUAUGGACAAGAGACACUUUAGCAUUCACCCACAGACCCUGAACCUACUACCAGAUGAGGUGAGAGGGAGGGGAAGAGAAAGGGAGAGAAGGAGGUACAUGUACAUGUACAUUUACAACUAUACAUGUUGAUAGAGGCAGUGAUUGAUAUUGAUCACUCCGUUUAUUCAAGUUGGUUGCCAUGGUCCCAUAAGCCACUACAAUGUUAUGAAUAUUGUUAUAGUACGUCCCACGAUUGCUUUUCCAAAAUUACCUGCUUUUAAGAGCAGGCUCUGGUUGUUUAGAAGCACCCACUACAGAGUAAGUCUUAGUAUCACAGUCAACACCAGCAAGUUCUGGUGGGUGUGGUCACCAGU